UACUGGCGAGUUAACUGCCGCGAAAAUUCGGGAAUUGAUGGAAGCAGCCCAGAAGACUAUCGCUGAAAGAAAGCAAGCUCUUGGUUUAGAUCCAGCUAUUCCCAAAGCCUCAUUUGGAGUACCACAUGGUUUGAUUGCUGAUCCUAUAACGGCUGAGAAAGCCAGAAGGGCUGCUGAACUUCAUGCAAAAAUUUCCGCUAAAUUUAACUCUGGAAUACUUGAUCACAUCCCUCCGCCCCCCACUCUUGCGUCCGACAUGAAGCCGAAAGAGUCAAUCAAGAGUGUCAUAUUUGAUGAGCAUGGCAAAACCAUCGAUCAAGCUACAGGAGAAGAAAUUAAGCUUAAUCACUAUACUCCUACCCUGAAGGCUAACCUCCGGGCAAGACGAGCCCAGCAGUUCAAAGAUGUAAUGCAAACAACUGCUCAAAAAAAGCCGCAAAAGGUUCCCAUUUCCUUCGCUCACUAUGAUCCCAGAAUUUCGUAG